CAGUCUUGAAGUGGUUAGACCACUAGACCGAGAACGUCACUUCAGCUCGGGAAUCACAUGGCCCGCAAUGAAUGCAAAUGUAUUUGAACCAGCUGUCCACCAGCUCUGACAAACAUGUCCCCAGCAUCUCGACCCUGACACUGUAAACAUCGCCAUCUGUUAUAUCUGCCGCCGAAAUGAGUUUGAACUUUGGAAUGCGCUGUAGCACAGUGGUACCCAACAAGCCACCCCUCACAGAGAAGAAUCUACCCGAUCAGAAGGGCAAAGUCUUCCUCGUCACCGGCGCGUCAGGUGGUCUAGGCAAGCUCCUUGUUGAUAUAUUGUAUCAACAUAACGGCAAGGUUUACCUCGCUGCACGCUCUCAAUCAAAGACCGAUGAAGUGAUCCAGGAGAUCAGAUCAGCGCAUCCGUCCUCGACUGGUGAACUUCACUUUCUUCAUAUCGAGCUUGAUGACUUGGCAACAAUUAAACAGGCGGCCGAUCGCUUUUUGGAAAAGGAAAGUCGCCUAGAUGUCCUGUGGAAUAACGCAGGCGUCAUGAUCCCACCUGAAGGCUCCAAGACAAAGCAGGGCUACGAACUCCAGUAUGGUGUAAACAACAUUGCACAUUUCUUGCUUACGCUUUUUCUUCGUCCUGCGCUUGAAACUGCCGCAGCAUCAGCGCCCAAGAACUCUGUGCGCGUCAUAUGGGUCGCUUCCAGCGCCGCUGACGCCGCACCGAAUCCAGCAGUAGAUCUGACGAAUAUGGACUACCACCGCGAGGAGGGCGCGUGGAUGAAGUACUCACGCAGCAAAGCCGCCAGCGUGAUCCACUCGGCGGAGUUUGCGCGAAGAACAAAGGGUACCGGCAUCAUCAGUCUUGCCCUUAACCCUGGUAAUUUCGUUACCAACCUUCAACAGAACAUGUCCAAGAUGGAACUCGCCAUGUUUAAACUCAUCUCAUCGGAUCCCAUCAAUGGAGCCUAUACUGAGCUCUUUGCUGGUCUGAGUGAUACCAUCACCGAAGAAAACAACGGCGGAUGGGUAUCUCCCUUUGGCAAGGUCGAGAAGAUUCGAAAGGAUUUUGUUGAACCAGAGCUCGGGAGCAAGUUUUGGGAUUGGACGAUGGCACAGGUGAAGCCGUACAUGUAGUUGCAUCAACCUCCUGCAACAUCGUUACAGCGACGGGUGAUAUAGUGUGCUACCGUCUCCUGUAUACAUUUUCAUGCUAUCCAGUUUAGUUCGAAUAUAGCACGUAAUUGAAUCUAUCUGAGA